AUGUCAGACGCUCCCACUCUUAAAGAGACUGAAGCCUUCGUCAAUUUCUUCGCGACAUUUCAGCUAACAAAUUCCAUCUCUUCUCUUUCUGACCUCUCUGAUGGAGUCGCACUCUUUGAAGUUUUAUCGCUAGUCGAUGCGGACUACUUCCGUCAGUCAACCAGGCCUUCUGCUUCAUCAGAUAAUUGGGUCUUGCAUUUCAAUACCUUGAAGCGACUCUAUCGCCUUAUGACCCAGUAUUUCGCGGACGUGCUACAGAAACCAACGAGCGGUUUAGAUGUCCCAAACUUGCAGGCCAUGGCCAAGAAUUCAGAUGCAUCCGCCACGCUAACGAUGUGCAGACUGACGAUUGCGAUAGGUGUUCAAUGUGAGAUGAACAAGGAGUUCAUCGACAAGAUUCAGGGAUUAAGCGAGGUUAACCAGCACCAUCUCAUGAGGGCCAUAGAACAGGUCAUGACAAGGAUAUCUGCAGUUGCUACGACAGACUCGCUGGGCGAUGCCAGCAUGACGGAAGACGAUCACUAUUAUCGUAUUCAAUCAGAGAAGAGUCAAAUAAUGUCAGAAAAAGAAAGCCUUGAAAUGGCCUACCAUCUGCUACUCGAAGAGCAUCGGCAAUUGCAAACAACUCAUGAGGACCUAAUUUCAGAACGAGACGAUGCACUCGCACAAGCACGCCAAGCCAAACAGGAUCUGGAGAGUAAAAGAAGCGAUGGUAAAGCCGAUGUAAUGUUGAGGGCGGAAAACGAUAGAUUACGGACUGACAUCCAAAAGAGUGAAGAUAAUUUAGCAAUCUCCGAGUCCGAACUCGAAAAACAGACGAAGUUAGUUUCCGAACUCACAAGAGAGAACUCCGAUUUGCGAGAACAGGUAGACAUGGCGCAGAAGUAUAAGGAUCAACUAGACGAGCAGCGUCACGCCGUCGAAAAGUUGUCGAAAAUGGAGAAUGUGAUGGAGAAGUACAAGAAGAAACUGCAAGAAGGAUCUGAACUUCGUCAAACUGUUAAAGCUCUGGAAAAGCAGAACUCCGAGCUUGUCGAUAAAAACGCCUCCCUGGAAGAGGAAUAUCGUAAAGUCGCCGGUUUCAAGCCUCUCAUGGACUCCUACAAGAAUCAGAUCGCUGAGCUAGAAACCAAGUACACGGGUCGUACUCAAGAGAUGGAGAAUCUCAGGUUUGAGCUGGAACAAACUCGUAUAAAAUUCAAAAUAACAACGGAAGAACGGGCAAAAGAUUCAGAGACUUUGGAACUUUACCAAGAACGUAUUCGGGAGCUGGAAUUGGCUGCGCCCAAAUCUCCGAAACACACGAGGUCGCAGACAGCCACAAGUGACGUUUUCUCACGAGGCGAGUCACUUGAAGGAGCCAUCGCAACGGACAAAGAGACGGAGUUAGACGAUGAGGGACGACACAUGGGCCUUGGCGGAGAGUUGGACGAUGCUCUGUCUGGCACAACAAUGACAGACCUGAAGAUUCAGAUCAGUAAAUUAAAGCGGGAGCUUGAAUCGAUGAGGAAGAACGAAGCCGAUGCGAGCAAGAUGCUUGUAAUGGAGAACUUACUGGAAGAUGCCAAUCGAAUGAAGCAACGGUACGAGGCAGAUUAUCUGGCGGCACAUAGAGAGAAGCUCGUCCUUCAGCGCGACUUGGACGAAAUUAGGAACGGGAAAUCUAUGGGCGAUAGCACUGCGACUGCCAUUGCUCUACGCCAGCGAUUGAACGAAACGGUCGAGCAAUUGGAAGAGUUGAGGAAAACUCAUGCCGAGCUCGAAGUUAAGUUCGAAACACAGCAAAAAGAGCUGACUAUCACAAAGUCUGAUUUAACUCUCGUCAAUAAAGACCAGUUGGAUAUUCUCGCGUCGCUGCGUGAGUCUGUCAACGAAGACAAGGCAGGUUUGGAGGCCGACAUAGAAAGACUCCGUAAACAAAACAAGGAAUUGUCGGACAAGAACAAGAUGCAAUUAGAGCAGGUCAACGCACUUUUGCUAGAUAAAGUCAGUAUGCAAAGCGAAGAGAUCAGCCAGCGAGAAAAGACACUACAGCGUGAACGAGACUUUGGUGAACUACGUGCGGCACUGUCGGGGAAAGACAUUCCUGAAGACAUUAAAUCGCGCCUGCUAGCUCUACACGAGGAGAAUGUUUUAUUGAAAGAAACCAAUAAGACCGUGAACGAGAAGUUAGCCAAAGCCAAGCAGUUCAUCAGAGAGCAAGACAAAUUAUUCCGCGAGGAACAUCGCGGAUUUGCACCUGCGGGAACACUCGGAGAGGCAGAGACAAGCCUUCGCUCUCAAAUCAAGAUCCUAGAAGACGAAAGAGACCGGCAGAAGCUGUUAAUGAAAGAUCUACAGAAGCGUUACGAGCAAGAGCAGGUUGUAAUGAUCGCGGUUCUACACAAUUUGGGUCAAGAUAUCGCCAGGAAUCACCUAGGUGGACAGCGACCUGGUCCCACCAAGUCAGCCUGGCUUUCGGGUGUACGAAACACGAAUCGUUUGCAGAGAAGCGGUUGA